UAUUGGAAUGAAGGUAUGUGAACAAGUUGGCUUAUCUGAUUUCAUAUGAACAGGUGAAUGAUUAGUUUUAUAAGGAUCAUUCACUGAAGAAAGCUCGUGGCAAUUUCAAGAAAUGGCUUCUAUGGGUGUUGUUUCUACCUCAAGUUUGAGAGAACCAGCUGGUCAUAAUGCUGCUGGUGUUGAUAGGUUACCCGAAGAGAUGAAUGACAUGAAAAUUAGAGAUGACAAGGAAGUGGAAGCAACUGUUGUCGAUGGCAAUGGGACAGAGACAGGCCAUAUUAUUGUGACAACAAUUGGUGGUCGAAAUGGCUACCCAAAGCAGACAAUCAGCUACAUGGCAGAACGUGCUGUCGGGCAUGGAUCAUUUGGAGUCGUGUUUCAGGCAAAGUGCUUAGAGACUGGGGAAACUGUGGCUAUAAAGAAGGUUCUCCAAGACAAAAGGUACAAGAACCGUGAGCUGCAAACUAUGCGGCUUCUUGAUCAUCCAAAUGUUGUCGCGUUAAAGCAUUGCUUCUUCUCAACCACCGAAAAGGAUGAACUGUAUCUCAACCUUGUUCUUGAGUAUGUCCCGGAAACAGUUCAUAGGGUGAUAAAGCACUACAACAAGUUGAAUCAAAGGAUGCCACUGAUCUAUGUAAAACUUUACAUGUACCAGAUCUUCAGAGCAUUGUCAUAUAUCCACCGUUGUAUUGGGGUGUGCCACCGGGACAUUAAACCUCAAAACCUUUUGGUGAACCCACAUACUCACCAGGUUAAACUAUGUGAUUUUGGGAGUGCAAAAGUCCUGGUGAAAGGGGAGCCAAAUAUAUCCUACAUCUGUUCAAGAUACUACAGAGCUCCUGAGCUUAUUUUUGGAGCUACAGAGUAUACUUCAGCAAUUGAUAUAUGGUCUGCAGGUUGUGUUCUUGCUGAGCUAUUGCUUGGUCAGCCUCUUUUUCCUGGGGAGAGUGGAGUUGACCAGCUUGUUGAAAUCAUUAAGGUUUUGGGCACUCCUACCAGAGAAGAAAUUAAAUGCAUGAAUCCCAAUUAUACGGAGUAUAAAUUCCCUCAAAUUAAAGCCCAUCCAUGGCACAAGAUAUUUCACAAACGUAUGCCACCGGAAGCUGUUGACCUUGUGUCUAGACUAUUGCAAUACUCUCCUAACCUAAGGUGCUCAGCGGUAUGUAUCUGGUCUCACAGCAGGCUUGCCAUGCUAAUGCAUAAUGUCUGUAUUUGUAUUUGCGCUUUCAGAUGAAAUGAAAGAAAGUUA